AUGGCUGUCGCAUGCGGAUUUGGAUCCGAUGCAACAAGUAAUGAAUACAAAGUGGUAAAAUUAUUUGAACGCUUUCCUGAUUCCCCGUUGGAGUUGGAGUGUGAGGUCUUAGUUUUAGGAACCACCAUGUCAUGGAAACGAAUUCAAUGCCAAGACGGCUUACGUCUCAAGUGCCCACACUUUAAUCCGGAUUCGGUAUUUGUGGAAGGAUCAAUUUAUUGGUGCAAUGGCACACACAUCUUGUGUUUCGAUGUUGCAGCCGAGAGGUUUAAAUUGAUUCCGACCCCUGAUAUGAAGCCACUGCGCCUAAAGUUUCCGACCGGAUGUUGUGCGGACUUUUUGGUAGAACUGGAUAGCAGUCUUUGCUAUAUGGAGCAUGUGUCUGGUGGAGGGGUGGGUAUAUGGAAGAUGCAAAAGGACAAGGAAAAUCCAUGGAUCAGGCAGUAUAUCAUUGAUGUGGGUUGUAUUAAUAUUCCUGAAGUUGAUAUUAAAUCAGUAUGCAUUCAAAAUAAGAAGACUUAUCUCAAGUACGGGAAAGGAAUGGACUUCGGACACCUACCAUUCUACAAUCGCGAUUUAACCGUGGAGGAUAUCCUGAGGCAACCACAAAGAGUGCCACUAAGGAGCCUAUACAAGUUUGCAUUCGGAGCUGAAACCCGUCUUGAACAAGCCCUCACAUUGAUUGAUAAGAUUUCACUUGAAGAGCUUAUUGAGGUCAUCACCUUCGCCAGGAUGAGGAGAAACCUGAUUUCAUCUGGGAGGGAGCUCCAUGGAGAAACGGAAGGUAUGUGA